AGUCACGAUUACAAACAAUCUUUGUUGUGCUGCCGUUCUGACGAGUUGUGCCGCUGAGCGUUUCCAUCGAGAAGGUGCUUCAACGUCUCGUGCGAUCGCUGCAUAAACGGCAGCGCUGUUCAUCAAGCACUGCGAGCCUUGAACGGCAUGCGGUUAUUAUUGGUAGUGCAGCCAUACAAACACAACACAACGGUAUGCGUGUGGUUCAAUCAUUAUGCGAGGACCAGGCAUGCCAUGCGAGGUCUCCUGCUCCACCUCACCGCACAGUGUCGCUGAGGAGCUGCGGUUCAUCAUGGACUUCAGCAUGUACAAGGUGGCCAAGUACUUCCGCCUGCUGGGCUACGAUACGCUGUGCUCGCGUGAUGUGCCGCAGGCCGAGCUGAUCAGCAUGGCGUGUGCCGAUCGCCGUGUUUUAGUGACGUGCAGUCGGCCGCUGGUCAACGCGGUUGAUGUGCACAAUCGCCGCGUGCGGCUCAUGCGUAAAGCGAUGCCGGCCCUCACGCGUCACAUCGUGUCGUACGACUCCGACGGCGAGUCCAUCUACUCUGAAGAUGACGCGGAGGCGGACGUGGAGUUGCGCUGCCUCUUCACGGCGCAGUGGCGUAGCAGCGACUUCAACCGCGCCAUCGUCGAGCUCAUCCGUCAAGCCGGUCUCACCUACGAUGCGCGGCGCGUCUUCUGCCGCUGCGUCACCUGCAACGACCUCCUCGUCCCGGUCGAGAAGAAGGAAGUGCACGAUCGGGUGGUGCCCAAGAUCUACGAGAUCUACGACGACUUCACGGAGUGUCCGACGUGUCAUAAAGUGUUCUGGGGCUUUGAUGGCGAGAACGUGAUCAACUUCAAGAGCUUCCGCACGCUAAAUCUGCUGCGCUCCUUGUGCAUUUCUGCUGGGGCACCCGUGGAGGCGGAGCGGACGCGGCUGACACGGCUGCGCUGCUUCCGCUCCUUCCCGCGUAUUACGAAGUUGCUGGUUUUCACCUACUUGGAGGAUGCCGACAUCGAGCACAUGAUCGAGGUGUUUCCUGCCCUGCGUGAUCUCGCAGAUGAGGUGCGGGAGAGCCGUCAGACAGGGCAGCCUGUCCGCAAGCUGCAGUUACGGAAAGAUAUGUGA